AUGGCAACUGCUAAUAUGGAUGCCGCGAUGGAUAUUGGGGCAACAAGUGUGAUAGAAAAUGCAUGUACACUAACUGUCUCCGAUGCGCACGCAACAACGGUCAUUGAAACAGUAGCGGAAGAACAAACAUCGUCAACUGCAGAAUUUGGUGGAGGAAUUGGUGGAGGAAUUGUAGCUGUAGCUGUCAUUGUAGUUAUUGGACUGAUUGUGCUUAGAAGAAGAAGAGUCAAUAUGAGCAACAGAAGCAAAACACCUGAAAGAGAACCUGAGAACCUUUCCGCGUUAUACGCAACGGUGAACGAACGAAGAGCAUCCCGAUGGAAGAACGCAAAUGAAGAUUCCGACAAUUCGCACUCUGUUACCUUCAUAGAAAACCCCAAUUACCAGAGUCCACCACCGAAGAGGUCUGUCAAAGAAAGGACUCCUAUCUUUUUAGAAGACAAUAUUGAAAUUGACGAAGAUGAUGCUGCUGCAAGGGAAAUUGCAGUCAAACUUGAGGAAAAUGGUGGUGUUUAUUAUAACAACGCUAACGAAGUCAGCAAGUUCAAAAUACAUGUUGCAGAUCUACCAGAAUAUGUGCAAAAUCUAUCUUCAAAGAAUACAGAAGAAGAAUUUCAGAAAAUUCCAUACGGUCUUGUGAAAGCAUAUGCCAUUUCACAAACGAAACUCAACAUGAACAAAAAUAGGUACAGAGGAAUCUACCCAUAUGAUGAUACGCGAGUGUUAGUUCGUGGUGGAGAAACAGACUACAUUAAUGCAAGCUAUAUAGAUGGAUUCAGAAAGCGAAAUGCAUAUAUUGCUACUUUGGGUCCAACGGCAAAGCAGCUUGGCGAUUUUGGCCAAUUCUGGCGAAUAGUCUGGCAACAGGAAGUUGAGAAGAUUGUCAUGGUGACUGACUUGGUAGAGGGUAAGAAAACCAAAUGCGAGCAAUAUUGGCCGGAUCAAUAUCAAAGUAAACUAUACGGCGAUAUAGAAGUUGUGUGCAAGGUUGAAAAACUGUACGCAGAUUUCAUCUGGAGACAUAUCACCGUUUCUAAGAAUUCAGAAGAAAGAAAGUUGCAUCAUCUUCAGUUCACUAGCUGGCCAGACAAGGACAUCCCUGACGACGUCAAAUCACUAAUAGAGUUUAGACAAGGGGUUAACGCCUUGCCGAGUACCUUUGACGGACCAGUAGUUGUGCAUUGCAGUGCUGGCGUAGGAAGAACGGGAACCUACAUAGCUCUAGACAUUCUCACAAAAGAGGGUGAGACAGAAGGAGCUAUAGAUAUCCCGGGUUGUGUUCUCAACAUGAGACAGAACAGACCCAACAUGAUUCAGACCUUGAGUCAAUACAAGUAUCUUCACCAAGCCUUGGUCCAUACAUUGACUCUUGAUUGUUCGUUGAUAAGAAGAGAACACUUCCAUGAAUAUAUGGAGAAAUCAAGUAAACAGGAGAUCCAUGAGCAGUUUGAGAGUUUAAAAACAAAAGACCGCUUCUUGGUUGCGCAAACACCUCUGCCGGCCAUAAUUGCUGAUUUCAUUGCACUUGCUGUUCAAGAAACCUGUUCCUGUAUCGUUAGUAUGGAGGCACACUUGGAAAAGGAUAAGGGGAUUGGCUUAUACUUUCCUGUUGACAAUCAAACAAUGAAGAAGGGUAAGGUUUCUGUACGAUCCACCACAGAUCAAAGUACAAGACACUUUGUGAAAAGAAACCUGCAUUUCGAACUAGAAGGAAGGACCAAGAAAGAUGUGACGAUUCCACACUAUGAAUAUUUGGACUGGGAUACAAAACACAAUGUCUUGUAG